UCUCGCACACUCUGCCAAAAUAAAUGAUGUACUGCCAAGAGAGAGAAAGUUUAACUCGAACGCCAAACACAUAUUUAAACAGAACGGGAGGAGAAGGAUUGUGUUCAUAGAUCCCGAGGAUUCGUUGAAGCUUCUGGUUAGAGUAUCGAAGCAGAACAAGGCUUCUGAAGAUUGGAUCAUUGUGGUUGGUGUCGGUUAGAUUUUCGUUUUUCUGAAGAUUGGAUCAUUGUGGUUGCCGUCACUUUGAAGGUUUUGGUUCGACUAACGAAGCUGAGUGAGUUUGAAAAGCUUGCUCCGGUGAGUUCAGCCUUCAGGGCUUCCUCAAUUCCUUGAAGGUUUGAAGAGGUGUCUCCAGAUUCAAAGGCUUCUGCAAUGGUAGCCAAAAUGAGCAAAGAAGAGAUCGUGGAUGAUCAUUCUAGUGAUCUAUUGAAGGAACCAAAGCAGGGGAAGGGAGAAGAUUCAGAUGCAAAGACAAUGAAAGAUCCUGUGUCAUCUCAUGGGAAUUCAUUGGCAGCUGAGGAUGGGAUGGUUGAAAGAGCUGCCAGAGUCUCCAAAAUCAAUGCCAGCAAAGAUUCUUCGGAAAGUGGUCAUCGUGGUUCAAGAUUGAGAUCUGAUACUGAAUCCAACAAAGCACGAUCCAAGACGUUAAAUAACACCCCUAAGAAAUCGACAAAAUCUAAUACGGGACUAUCUAAAGUUACUAACAAACAUUCUCCUGGUAAAAAACCAAAAGAUGGGAAAAGUCCUUCCAAGUCUUCAUCAGAUUCUUCCGAAGGUGUUGAUGAGGCGAAAGACAUUGGUGCGCUGGAUGAGAUCUCAAAUGGUGAUCAGAGUGCAGUCAAGGAUAUUGAUAUGUUAGAUGAGAUCUCAAAUGGUGCUCAGAGUGUCUUGAGUGAUGAUGAAAUUGUAAAUGCUGAAGAAAAUGAUCAACAAGAGGAUGAGUCAUCUUUGAAUCAGAAGAUAGAAGAAAUGGAAGCGAGAAUUGAGAAACUUGAAGAAGAGCUUAGAGAAGUUGCUGCUCUUGAAAUUUCACUCUAUUCUGUUGUGCCUGAGCAUGGGAGCUCUGCACAUAAGGUGCACACACCAGCUCGUCGCCUCUCCAGGCUCUACAUUCAUGCUUGCAAGCAUUGGACUCAAGACAAGCGAGCCACAGUUGCUAAAAAUACAGUGUCUGGACUUAUUUUUAUUGCCAAAUCUUGUGGUAAUGAUGUUCCAAGGCUAACCUUCUGGCUGUCCAACACCAUUGUGCUGAGGGAAAUCAUUUCUCAGGCGUUUGGAAGCUCACACAAUUCAAGCCCACUAACAAGAUUUCCUGAGUCUCGUGGAGCUAGUGGCAAGAGUACUGAAGGGAAGUCCAUAGCACUAAAAUGGAAGGGUAGUCCUGCCAGUAAACAAGGAAAUGGAUCUCUACAGUUUGUUGAUGAUUGGCAGGAGACAGGAACCUUGACAGCUGCUCUAGUACAUGUUGAAUCUUGGAUAUUUGCUCGGAUUGUUGAGUCCAUUUGGUGGCAGGCUGUGACUCCAUACAUGCAAUCUCCAGCUGAGAAUUUGUGUGGUAAUAGAACCACUGGGAAGUUGUUGGGGCCUGCAUUGGGUGACUUGCAGCAAGGCAGCUUUUCUGUUAACUUAUGGAAAAAUGCCUUCAAGGAUGCUUUUCAACGGCUUUGUCCUGUUCGAGCUGAUGGCCAUGAUUGUGGUUGCUUGCCUGUUUUGGCAAGAAAGGUAAUGGAGCAGUGUGUUGCCAGACUGGAUGUGGCAAUGUUCAAUGCCAUUUUGCGUGAGUCAGCCCAUGAGAUCCCGACUGAUCCUGUAUCAGAUCCUAUUGUAGAUUCCAGGGUUCUGCCCAUUCCUGCAGGAGAAUUGAGCUUUGGAUCUGGUGCACAACUUAAGAAUUCGGUUGGCAGUUGGUCUAGAUGGCUUACUGAAGUGUUUGGCAUGGACUCUGAUGAUCCCCUGAAGGAAGACGGGCACAAUAAUGAGGAUGAUGACAGGGGAGGCAGAGAUGAACAUAAAUCCUUCUAUCUUCUUGAUGAAUUAAGUGAUCUUCUGAUGCUUCCUAAGGACAUGCUCAUGGAUCGAUCAGUUAGAAAGGAGGUUUGCCCUUGCAUUAGUCUUUCGUUGAUUAAACGGAUACUCUGCAACUUCACUCCAGAUGAAUUUUGUCCAGAACCUGUUCCAGGAGCUGUACUUGAGUCAUUGAAUGCUGAGGGUGUUGUGGAACGUAGAUUUUCUGGAGAGUCUUCAAGAUCCUUUCCUUAUGCAGCUGCUUCGGUUGUUUACCAUCCUCCAUCAUCUGAUGAUGUUGCAGAAAAAGUUGCGGAUGCUGGAGGGAGUUCUCGGUUAUCAAGGAAUGCAUCUAUUGUGAAGAAAAAGGGAUAUACCAGUGACGAGGAGCUCGAUGAAAUAGAGUGUCCUCUUGCAUCCAUAAUUGACAAAUUGCCACCAUCUCCUACAAUGUUGGCCAACGGCAGUGGAAUCUCCAAAGACAAGGAACAUGCAGAUUAUGCUUGCAAAAAUUCAAGAUUUGAACUCCUAAAGGAAGUGUGGCUAAGAGACGUGGUCGGGUGAUUGAUGAGAUUCAAGUCAGAUGCUGAAGUAAAUACCAAGAAGAAUGGAACAAACUGUAAAAUAUACAAGGAAAGGAAAGGAAAGCGAUGAUAUGAAAUCCAUAAGAAGAGUGGACUGAAACUAUCAGCUGUUGUGUACAGACAGGGCAUGCUAUCCAAUUUAUUUCAUUCAGAAAAUUUUAUUACAGUGUGAUUUACUGUUCACUAUCUAAAUUUUGAGAGCAGUGUUUACAUAUUGCAUUCACGCAUUUUUGGUCUAAAUUUAAA